CCAUGUCUAGGACAGAAUUCUGUUCCUGCAGGGAGGCAGAGCCGGGGCUGGAAUGCUGUCUUCCCGCAGGGCCCUGCCUUGGGUAGGCUUAAGCAACGGCCCUGCCCUCACAGAGUUCAGCAGGCAAGGGUGUGGCCUCACUCAGCUUUCAUCAGAGAACUCCUUUCCCAAGGCCUGGCCUCAGAGAAUGGUAAUCCUCUGUGGUUUCUGGGAAUACUUUCCCAUGCUUUAUCCUUACUGGUCCCUACCAUCUUCCCUAAGGCAGGCAGGGUAGGGAUGACCCCCUCCAGCACCUUUAUGCUGAGGAGGCAAGAGUGGGAAAGGCUGGCUGUACUGCCAGCUCUUUGCUCCCCCCGAAGUGUUCCAGGGCUCUCCUGGAGAAGGCCAAGUAUGAUGGGGGCUGUGAUGAUGUGGGGCUGCCUCUUGCUGAGCUUAGCUCUGUGGGAGAGCCUGAAGGGCCUGUGACUUUCAGGUAAAGAACAUCCCUUUGCCAAAGCCUGCCCAAGUUGGCUUCCUUAAGGAGACCUCUGUCCCAUAGGCGCAGGAAACUCUUCCUUGCGUCUAGGGCAGUUCCCUUCAGCCCCCUUCCUCUGCCUCCUUUCUAGGCAGUCCCAGAAGCUCUCACUUGGCACCUGUGACCAGCCACUGCUACUCUUCCCCCACCACCCUCAGCCUGUCUGCCUGGCUCCUUCCUGGUUCUUGACUCUCUCUGACCCUUGGAAAGUUUUCUCUUGUUUGCACUGGUCACCAGGAAGGCCAGGGCUUCUGUACUCCCUCCUCUGAGAGCUUCCAGUGGGACUGUUGAAGGGGGUUUCUAGGUGAGGGGAAGUUAGGUGCGAGCUAAGGUCCUGGGCUUCUGUGUCAAGCAUCCUCCUGGGAUGGAGGGGCAGAGAGGAAGCCAUUGCUUACUGAACACAGACUGUGUCAGGCCCCACACUAAGCACAGUUUCCCUCUCUAAUGGACUCCUUGGACAACUCUGCACAGUAGAAGGUAUUAUUCAGAUCUUACAGUUGAGAAGUGGUUGGCUCAAAGUCAGCACUAGAUUCAAACCCACAUCCAGAUGUUCUUCUCAUGCCCUGAGUGCCCAUCCCCUUUAUCCCAGGUCAGGCUGCUUAGUGCAGGGGUUGAGGGAGUAUCAUUGGCCAUCUCACCCCUCCCCCACCACAGCAUUUAACAGGAGUGAUGCCUCUGCCUUUUUCCUUGCCCACCUUGACGGGUCAGGGCAACUGCCUUCAGAGCCUCAUUCUGGUCCCAAGCCCAGGAGGAGCCCACUGGUGAUGUAGAAAGUACACAGGGCUGGAUCCCUCCAGCCUGUGCGGUGCAGCUAGGAGGUAGUAGGGUUUCUGAUUGUAUGAAAAAUUUACCCCCACUCUGCUUGUGUGAUGAAAUUUACCCCACAAAUUUUCCCCUAUCCUCAAUGCCCCAUUUGUAAAAGACAUGAUCGUUUUGAUAGUUUUUCAAAUUGAGUUUUGCCAGUGAAAACUUCCUGAUAAAAACAGCUAGCCAGAAUUGAGCACUAGCUCUGGGUCAUGAGCUGCCUCAAACACUUCCUCCCUCACUUCUCCCAUUCUAUGAGUGGCAGGGAAGACCUGAGCCAUUUUAGCAAGGGCUGAGGUCAGGACUCACACUCAGGCCAGCUGCCUAUGCCCCAGGCUGUUGAUGUUGGGAGCUCAGGGUCAAUGAGAAGAGAGACGGGAUUCUUGACCAAAACAAAGAGGGAGCCAUUUGAGCAGCUCCCAUCUUCCUUCUGAGUUCUGCUGAGAUUUCUCCCCUCUAGGCUGGCGGUGUCCUGCCACAUGGCUGCUGAAAUCAACAUACCUGCAUGAAAGUGUCCAGGCCACACCUCUGGGCACAUUCUGGUUCAUCUCAUGACCUACCUUCCCUGUGGCUGCAGCUGAGCCGCACACAGUGCAAUGCCCUCCCUGAUUCGUCUGCGGUGCCAAAAGGGCAUCCCGCCUUCUCUGCGGGGCCGUGCUUGGCAGUACCUGUCGGGAGGCAAGGUGAAGUUACAGCAGAACCCUGGAAAGUUUGAUGAGCUGGACAUGUCCCCUGGUGACCCCAAGUGGCUGGACGUGAUUGAGCGUGACCUGCACCGGCAGUUCCCAUUCCAUGAGAUGUUUGUGUCCCGGGGGGGCCACGGCCAGCAGGACCUAUUCCGUGUGCUGAAGGCCUACACGCUGUACCGGCCCGAGGAGGGCUACUGCCAGGCCCAAGCGCCCAUUGCCGCUGUCUUACUCAUGCAUAUGCCUGCUGAGCAAGCCUUCUGGUGCCUGGUACAGAUCUGUGAGAAGUACCUGCCCGGCUACUACAGCGAGAAACUGGAGGCAAUCCAGCUGGAUGGGGAGAUCCUCUUCUCGCUGUUGCAGAAGGUAUCGCCGGUGGCGCACAAGCACCUCAGCCGUCAGAAGAUUGACCCGCUCCUCUAUAUGACAGAGUGGUUCAUGUGCGCCUUCUCCCGAACCUUGCCCUGGAGCUCUGUGCUGCGUGUCUGGGACAUGUUCUUCUGCGAAGGAGUCAAGAUCAUCUUCCGGGUUGGGUUGGUGCUGCUGAAGCACGCGCUGGGCUCCCCCGAGAAGGUCAAAGCCUGCCAGGGCCAGUACGAGACCAUCGAGCAACUGCGGAGCCUCAGCCCCAAGAUCAUGCAGGAGGCCUUCCUGGUCCAGGAGGUGGUGGAGUUGCCCGUGACAGAGCGCCAGAUUGAGCGCGAACACCUCAUCCAGCUGCGGCGCUGGCAGGAGACCCGGGGUGAGCUGCAGUGCCACUCCCCGCCCAGGCUGCAUGGUGCCAAGGCUAUCUUGGAUGCAGAACCUGGUCCCCGGCCUGCCCUACAACCUUCACCGUCCAUCCGCCUGCCCCUAGAUGCCCCCCUCCCUGGCUCCAAAGUCAAGCCCAAGCCACCCAAGCAGGCCCAGAAGGAGCAGCGGAAACAGACGAAGGCGAGAGGGCAGCUGGAGAAGCCCCCAGCCCCGAAUCAAGCCAUGGUGGUGGCCGCUGCAGGAGAUGCAUGUCCCCCACAGCAUGUGCCCCCGAAGGACUCAGCACCUCAGGAUUCGGCUCCCCAGGUCUCAGCCCACCACCGCUCCCAGGAGAGCUUGACGUCCCAGGAGAGUGAGGACACCUACUUGUAACCCUGGCAGCUAAGGCCUCCAGGGCGGGGUCUCCACAUACCUACACGGUUCAUGAACUGACAUUCCACGGCCUGCCCACCCUCUGAGGGCCAAGCUGCCUGGGCUCUG